AUGCACUGAACAAUACACAUAUAAAAAGAAAAAUAAACCCAGUUGCACCAUCACUGGCAUCACAUGUGGCCCAGCAGAGGUAGAUGAAGAGGAUCAAACUUAAGGAGGGUCACAGCGAGGAAAACCAGGCCGUGAGACUUUUUAUGUGGCUGGGAUCGACAGAGGGAAGCCAUUUAAGAAGGACGUGAGGAAGAGUGGAAGACAUGAGGGGAGGAAGGAGAGGCAACAAUUAGACCUACCAGCUUUGUGACAAGGCAUAGAGCAAAACAGGACGCAAGUUGUGAACUUUCAGGUCUGGUGCUAUCAUGGCGAGGUCUGGUCGCCCUGCGUCUGAGAGCUACCAGUCCACCUGCUGUUCAGUCGGUCAGUCACUGUCCUCCACCAGUGAAGUUGGCAUUUUGGAGGAUGAGGAUGACCGAACUCCCAUCUUCUCUCUUUCUAAAAGCUCUGUGGAUGUUGUAUCAGCAACAGGCCCACCUCACAAACGAGACUUAGCUUGGACACGACUGGACCUGAAGCGCAGCUCCAGCACCAACACACACUCUGACCAGAAUCAAGUGACACUACAUCAGCUGCACCACCACAAAUGGUACCACAACAGCCACCAGUUCUCGGUCACAACUCAGAAUGAGGACUUGCACAGCCCUCCUCCUCUCAGCGAACGCUGGAUUUCCAACAUGCAUCACUGGAGUGGGUGCAGCAGCCGCAGCAGCACUCCAGACACGGUUGUAUGGAAGGAUGGGUCAUCACGUUCCUGUUGUUUCAACCAGGAAGCACCUGGCUGCUUCACCCCAGAUUCUCCAAUAUCCAAACUAACCUCUCCUCCAACCACACCCUCACCAUUGAUUUCCCCUUUCCAUACACCUACUUUGCCACCUCAAGAUAAUUUAACCUCUUCACCACUAACACUAGGCACAUAUCAGCUAUCUGAAUGCUCACCCCACCCUCGGCCAACCUGUCCAGGUGAUAGGAACUCCCCUGAGAAACUUUUAUUUAAGUUUCCUUCCCCUGUCCCCUCAUAUGCAAACCUAGCAGAUGCAGAACAGUGUACAGAUCCUGGAUACCUUAUUAAUGACGUUAGUAAAGACCUGUCCAGUCCCAGAGACAGCCAAGUAUUGGAAGAAAAGGGAGAGAACAGUCCACUGCCAACUGUUUGCAAGCUGAAGCCAAAUCUUUCUGCAGAAAAAAAAGAUUUCAAAGCCAAACUCUCAGGUUGCCAUUAUCUGCUGCCUUUGGAGUUUGAGCUAAGCUGCCAGAUGGGCAAAAAUUGGAGAUCACCGUUAAUUUCUUCCUUGAGUGACUCAUGUUUGGGAGACUUCUUCAGGUACAACUUGGUGCACUUGGAAGGAACUGCAAAUAAUCCAAAGUCAGAGCUGUUCAAGGAGGAAGGAACAAUGACCUCACAGCUGGAAAUGAUAGAUGCUGCGGUGCAGACAGGCUCCCCUUUGGGCUCCUGCUGUGAAUUGCAGAAGAACAUGUCUAAUUCCAACAGUGGCUCACACUCCCUCUUGGGCUCACCACCUGGUUCCAGAUUAAACCUGAAGCCUUGUGUGGGAUCCCACUCCAACCUGGUCUCGGCAUCUUCAAGCAUGUUUCCAGUGAGCAGCAGUGAGGAGGAGGAGAAGCAACAAGACACCCCAGAGUGCAACGUUACCUCCGCUUCUACACAGUAUCUUGAAAGAAAGAUAUCAUGUCUGAAGGCCCAGUCUGAAGAAUGUGAUGAACUUGGCAGGAGGGGCAGCAUGAAGCAGGUGCUAUGGGACGAGGAUGGGCUGACAUGGGACAUUCAUGGAGCAUCCAUGGACCCCGAGGAGCUCAGCACCGCUAUACAGAAACAUCUGGAUCUUAAGAACAGCCCCCAACCACAGAGGUGUUCCUCUAAGAAGAAGAAAGCACCAAAGCCUCCACUCAUGUCAAAUAUGGUAACAACAAUGGCACCUGACACAAGCCCACCUGCAAUGACCAUUAAGUGCAUGGUGGAGGGUGAGAGUCAGGAAACCCUGGAGGCAGAAGCAGGAAGGGAGGUGCAGCAGGAAGCAGGAGCUAAAAAGCUUGAAAAUGAGGAGGCUAAUUGUAGAAGAAAUAGAGAAGAGCAGGGCAAAGCACAAGACAUACAGGAGGAAGAAGGUGGAGAGAAGAAAGCACGCAGCUUAAAGUCUCCAACACAUGAGAGUGGACACAGCAAGAAAAGAAUUGUGACCAGAUCAUUGAGGAGGCCUGGGUGGUGUGGAGGUUCCAGAAAGACAGAUGACGGAGACUCUUAUGAAUCUUACAUAAAAAAUUAAAACUGAGCUGGGAAAAGACACAUUUAGUUUGAUGUGGUCAAAGCUUUCCCUCAGCACACAUUCUGUUAUUUUCUAUAAAUUCUGUAGUAGCUAUUUGUUGGUAGAUUAAAGCCUUCUUAAUUCUGCUCCUCCCACUUUCCAGUUUCGGAUUUACUACGAAGUCAAAAGAAAGAAAGAAAGAAAGAAAGAAAGAAAGAAAGAAAGAAAGAAAGAAAGAAAGAAAGAAAGAAAAGGGCAUCCAUCAUGACUGUACUGAAAAAUGACACAUAAAAAGUUAAAAAGAAAUCUUUUUUUUUACCUGACAAAAUUUAUGUUCACGAACAACAGUUGCAGUGGACUUGACGGUCUGGCUGCUGACUGUGCCCCAGCUAUCUGUCCUAACUGAGGCAUGAUCUAGGCUGUUUCCUUUUUUCUUUUUCUCAGGUUUGGGUUGUUUUUUCCCUUUAAUCUUAGAAUGUCAUUAAUCCUUGGGGAGAAAAACAUUUCCAACAGAGACUGUUUGACUGAUUUUAUCUAUUUAUUGUGUUGGAAACGAGUACACUUACAUCCAUUUGACAUAUUCCUGUUGAAAAUAUCUUUUUUUAAUCAAGAAAACAGUUUGUGUCCUAUGUAACUGUAAUACACCUAACACUAUGGAACCAGAUUACAUGUAUCUAUGUAUUUAUAUAUGGUGUUUACAUCUUAUUUUUUAGGAGAGGCUAGGGCACAAAGGCUAUUUGAAAAAGAACAAAAUGGCCAAUCAGGAUUUAUUUAUCAAUCAUACUUUCAAUAUCUGUAUAUUUAAUGGUUCUAAAAUGGGCAGCGAUUUGCCCUUUAAUCACUUUCAAUCGUUAAGGUUUUCUUGUUCAGUCACAGUAGACGUUUGUAUGUAAUUUGUAGAUAACUAUAAAGUUAUUUAAUGUUAUUCAUAUUAAAACCUGGCCAUUAAUAGAUUUCUAAGCCAGUUACAAUACUGUGCAUUUUGUUGUUUUUGUGGUUUUGGUUUUUGUUACUUCAAACAACAUGACAGAAUAACAAUUAAACAAACUGUAAUGUAUUACAAUAAUUCAGCUUUCAUUAUGUGGCAAAGACCAAGAAGGAGUUUAUUAACAGCUGUGAAUUCUUUAGAUUUUUGCUUGGUAUCCAUCAUAUUUAUGGUUUGUAAUGGUGUUUUAUAUGUACCCAGAAGUACAGGUUAGCAGGUUAGAUUCUUCAAGCUCUGAUUGUAGCUUAAAAAUGGUAAAAAUAUACUGCAUGCCCAAAAUUUGAGGCCAGAAGUUUACAUACACUCCUCGUGGGCAUGUAUUGUUUCGGGCUUUUAAUGAUACACUAGAUCUGUUCUUUUUCCAGGGUGGAAAGAUAAUUCAACAAACAACCAAAUAGUUUUAAAAACAAUGAUAGACUGCAAAAUUGGAAGUAGUUAAAAGUCCCUUAGCAUGUUGCAAUUUAUGUGCACACUUUUUAUAGUCAUCAACAAGCCUCUGGCAAGAUUGUGGCUGAAUAUUUAAUAUUUAAUUGUGGUAGCAUCAUGCUGAGAGUCUGUUUCUUUGCUAGAGCCACACAUGCCUUGCAGAAAGUUGAUGAAACAAUGAAAACAGAGGACUGUCAAUAUCUUUCAAUAUCUUUAACUUAACCUCUAAUCCUCUAAUCAACAUCGAGAUGGUUGAAUGUUUGAUACAAUUGGGUGUUCCAGUGGGACAAUGAGCCCAACUAUACAUCAAAACUGAUUUUGGAAUGGAUAAAUCAGUCUGGAAGUACCCUGAGCUCAGGCCAAUUAAAAUGGUAUGGACUGUACUUAAAAGCAGAAUCUGUCAGGAAACUAUCCAUAUUAAAAGAUUAUGUUAAAAGAAUGAAUAAAUAUCCACCCACAAUCAUGUCUGAAGCCUGUUGGUGGCUUCAAAAAGCAUUUGGUCAAGGUGCAACUUGAUAUAAAUGGAUAAAUGGGAUUUAACUACAUAUAAGUAGGGUUGUGUGAAUAUAUCUGAACCUGGUCUUGGUAUCAGCAGGCCAAAGCUACAAAAAAC